AUGUGUAAACCUGCGAACGGCUCGGGCUCGGGCUCAGAGCUCCCAGUUGCCCCGCUACCUGUCAGUGGUGACGAGAAGGCGAAGGAUGUGGUGGUGGAUGCUGGAUUGAAGAGCCUCGACCAUUAUCGGCGAGCGCUUCCAAAAUGGCGAUAUUCUUUGCGACAAUGCCUCCUGCCGCUCGUGCGGUGGGAGACACCCUAUCUCGCCGCUUUCCAGAAUGCCGUACGAACACCAGCUCUCGAUAGCUACUUUGCGAUCACGGCCAACCUUGGCACACAUACAUUCUUUAUGAUUGGGCUGCCGAUCCUGUUCUGGUGCGGCUUCAGGGGCUUUGGAAAGGGACUCGUUCAUAUCCUUGCUGAAGGCGUCUUCUUCACCGGCUUCCUCAAAGACAUGUGCUCCCUCCCUCGUCCGCUCUCACCACCUCUCCAGCGCAUCACCAUGUCUGGCUCUGCUGCUCUCGAAUACGGCUUCCCCUCCACCCACUCCGCCAACGCAGUCUCUGUUGCAGUCUACGCUAUCCUCAUGUUGCGAAGUGACCAUAACAUCUACUCGCCCACCACGACCAUUGCCCUCGAAGCCCUUGCUUACUUUUACGCUCUCUCGAUUGUUAUCGGCCGUCUUUACUGCGGUAUGCACGGGUUUAUCGACGUCAUUAUCGGGUCUAUUAUGGGAACGGCUAUCUCUCUCGUUGAGUUCUACUACGCCCCGGCUGUGGAAGAGUGGAUGUACUCUUCCAACUACGCCGCUCCCUUGAUCGUGGCGUUGAUCAUUCUUGUGCUUGUGCGUGUUCACCCCGAGCCAGCAGACGACUGCCCAUGCUUCGACGACAGCGUGGCUUUUGCCGGUGUGAUGAUCGGGUUGGAGUGCGGUAUGUGGCGGUUUGCGAGGUACUCCCCUUAUGCCACUAUCUACAACGGAUCAGACGCUACGUUCUCCCUCGCUGCGAUGGGGUGGCCCUUGUCUAUUGGUCGCGUCGUUUCUGGCGUUCUGAUGAUCUUCGCCUGGAGAGAGGCGAUGAAGCCAGCUCUGUUGAAGUUCCUGCCUCAUUUGUAUAGGUUGUUAGAACGUGUGGGCAUGUCCCUGCCCAGAAGGUUCUUCGUGCCGGCGAGCGAGUACAAGGAUGUGCCGCUGCAUGUGAGGGAUGAUAACCUGAUUCCGAAUGUAUCUGAUUUUCCCAAGGUGAUGAGGAGCAUCAGGGGCCCGGGUCGCGGUAGGAGCGUGAGUAUCGGGCCGCAAAGUGCGGCGGAUGCGUAUGAGACGUUGGCGUAUCGCGAGCGGAGAAGGAGGGAGUCUUUGGAGGGUGACAAUGGUGGGGUGAAGAGCAAGGAGAGCUUGACGUCUCUUAGGGAGAGUGCGGCGAAGCAGAGUGGGGUGGAUGUUUUUGAGGAUGGGGGGAAGAGUUCUGGGGUACAGCAGCAGAAUGGGAGGGUGGCGGAGUUUGAGAAGAUGAUGGGGACGGGAACGGUCGUGGUUGCUAAUGAGGAGGAGAUGCUGCUUGGGGUGGAGGAUGAGUUGGGGGAGAAGGAGGUUUUCUCGAGGCUGGUGAAGCCGAGAGUGAGAUAUGAUGUUGAGGUAGUGACCAAGCUGGUUGUUUACACCGGAAUCGCUUGGUUGGCCGUGGAUCUGAUUCUCGUCACUUUUGAGAUGAUUGGGCUUGGUGCGGGGCACUUGGUGGCGGCGGCACCAUGA